UUUUAAUUAACCAAUCACGUUGCUUGUUUGGUAUAUUGAGUCUACAGUGUAUUCUUGUUGGAAGGGAAUAAGGUUCUUGUAAGGGGAACACGUUUCUCUUACGAUAUGCCAAAAAAGGAAUCGAAAAAAGAAACGGCUGUGACAAAAACUAAAGGCAGUGCUAAGACUGGUGCCAAAGAGACCACAGAAAAUGCAGAUUCAGAGGCAAAGAAAAAGGCGCAGACACAAAAUAAUUCAACAGAACAUCCACCCCCAACACAAAUAUCAAAGUUGAAAUUUACAGGCCCUCCCCACAUAAAGAAAGACAAGCGACAAAAUUCUUCACGCUUCAACAUCACAAAGAAUCGAGAGUUGCAAAAACUUCCACCAUUAAAAGAUGCUACCCCUGCAGAAAGAGAGGAACUGUUCAUUCAGAAACUGAGACAGUGCUGUGUUCUAUUUGACUUUGUUCAAGAUCCACUUAGUGACUUGAAAUGGAAGGAGGUGAAAAGAGCAGCUUUAAAUGAAAUGGUGGAAUUUGUCACCCACAACCGAGGGGUCAUCACAGAUGCCAUAUACCCUGAAGCUAUUCACAUGUUUUCCUGUAACUUGUUCCGAGCGAUACCGCCCUCCUCUAACCCGAGCGGCGCGGAGUUCGAUCCUGAGGAAGAUGAACCAACGUUAGAAGCCGCUUGGCCACAUCUGCAGUUGGUGUAUGAAUUUUUCCUGCGGUUUUUAGAAUCGCCAGAUUUCCAACCUAACACGGGGAAGAAGUACAUAGAUCAGAGAUUCGUCUUACAGCUGUUAGAAUUAUUUGAUAGUGAAGACCCAAGAGAAAGGGAUUUCCUUAAAACAAUAUUGCACCGGAUCUAUGGAAAAUUUUUAGGGUUGAGAGCUUAUAUUAGGAAACACAUAAACAAUAUGUUUUACAGAUAUAUAUAUGAAACUGAGCAUUGCAAUGGUAUAGCAGAAUUGUUGGAAAUAUUAGGCAGCAUCAUCAAUGGGUUUGCAUUACCCCUGAAGGAGGAACACAAGGUAUUCCUACUGAAGGUGUUGCUCCCCCUACACAAGGCCAAAUCCCUCAGUGUGUACCACCCACAGCUGGCUUACUGUGUGGUUCAGUUCCUGGAGAAGGACCCCAGCUUAACAGAACCGGUAAUAAUGGGACUUCUAAAGUACUGGCCAAAAGUACACAGUCCAAAAGAGGUGAUGUUUCUGAACGAGUUAGAAGAGAUAAUGGAUGUGAUAGAGCCGGCCGAAUUUAACAAAAUCAUGGUUCCCCUCUUUAAACAGUUAGCGAAAUGUGUCUCCAGUCCACACUUCCAGGUGGCCGAGCGAGCGUUGUACUUCUGGAAUAAUGAAUACAUCCUAAGUCUGAUUAGUGAUAACGCGUCCACUAUCCUGCCUAUUAUGUUUCCAGCCUUGUAUAAGAGCAAGGAACAUUGGAACAAAACUAUACAUGGCCUCAUCUAUAAUGCUCUGAAACUGUUUAUGGAAAUGAACCAGAAACUCUUCGAUGACUGUACACAGCAGUAUAAAACAGAGAGACAAAAGGAAAAGGAAAAGAAUAAACAAAGGGAAGACAACUGGUGUAAAGUUCAAAAUCUGGCAAUGGGAAAUCCGCAAUUUAAGCAGUUUGCUUCAUUAAAUUCGGAGAAAUUUGGAAAUCCAGGGACGCCUAAUAGUUUAGACGACAAUGACGGGGAUAUAAUGGCCAAUUUUGAAAAGUUACAAAAAGAAGCCAGUGAGCGACUUCCCAUUCUUAUUUGUGCUUUGAAUUUAGAUGACGAAGAAAAAAGGAAAAGAAAAGCCGCUACUUCGUCGAAAAUCCGAACUACCACACGACAUCAGCAUGAUAAGGGCCUUGGAGUCUCACAAACGCAGUGAAGACUAUCUGUCUACCUCCGCGGAGAGCCAGAGUGCAAACUGAGACACAAUAUAUAUAGUAAAUGCCAUACUGAGGACCAUAAUGCAACAAACAAAAUGGAGGAGACAAAAAAAAAAACUGUGAACCUGGAAUACUGCAAGUCAAUCAUGUAGCUCUGUCUUUUUGUGUGUGCGUGUGUGUUUGUUUGUGUAAGUUCGUGAAAUUCGUCCGAGUAUUAUUAAUUUUUAAUCUGUAGAAACCCAGGUUUAUGAAAGAAACAGUUAUCAAUUACACAUAUUUAUAAAUGUACAUGGUAUCUAUAUACAUGAUAUUUUUAUGGUGUACUUAUAAAUGUAUUAUGUUCAAGUUGUUUGGUUGUAGAAAUAUUUUUUUUAAAGAUUACGUAGUUCACAUGGCGAGGAGUAAAAGUGUUAGGUUAAUGGAAAUUAACAGAAGGGGGAUUAAAAAAAAAUUGUUAUGUAUGGCUAAUCAGAAAUGUCCAAUUCGUGGAUCACCUGUUCUGAUUUAAAGUUGACUUGCAGUGUAUCAUGGGUAAAAUUUCCGAGAUUAUUGUUGUGUUGAGGCCUUCACCGUUGGUGGAAAUAGACAGGAAACACAUCUAUUAUAAAGCACUGUGAUAGGACACGCCCCCUCCCCCCUUUUCCUUUUUUUCCUCUUAGAAUUUAUCGACCAAUAUUUUUUUGGUAUAAUUAUGAAUAAACUAUGCACAUGUAAGUAAUCUAAUAUUUUUUUCUUCUCCCCCUUUCCCCCCUCUCCUAGUUUCUUUGUAAAUUGUGUGGUUGUCAUCGAAAGAGGUGUAGAGUGCGAGGAUUGUGACGAUGAUUGGAUCAGUUGUUAGAUGCCAAAGCUGUUUUACGUUGUUCCUGAAAGACAACAAUGUAUUGUUCCCACUGAAAUGAAACUUUAAAUCGCAGGGAUACUCUGCAAUCUUAUGUACUUGUGUGUCAUGGAACUUGUUGAAGAUUAUCAAAAAAUUUUUUUUUUUUUUUUUUCUCUUUAAUCUGGCCUCAAGUAUAUACAUGUACAUGUAUUUGAGUGUAUUAUCAAGAUGUCUUUUAAAAAAAAAAAAACGGUGAAGAGAAAAGAAAAAGACAAUUAAAAGAGAAAUGUUGCAUUCCAGAAACACACCCCAUAGAUUUUUUUUCUCACUUAUUCCCUGUGUAUAUUCACUUAUUCUUAAGCAAGAAAUCUGUGAUAGAUUCUGGUCAUCUUUUUAUUUUAAAUAUUGUGUUACUGAUUUGUUGAUGUAUGUUUUCAAUUGUUAUAAAAAGGAAAAAAUGUGAACAAUAGCCUAAUUCUGGUGAUGAUAGUGUGUUUUUUCCCAACAAUAUCUGCUUAGUGAAAACAAAAUUUAAAUCAAUAAUCAAAAUUAUAAGUAAAAUUGUAAGGAAAAUUGGCAACAGUAAGCAUAUUUUUUUUUUUUUGGUAUCAAUUAUUUCGGAGGAUUACCUAUAAAUUAAUGCUAUUUUAAGUUACAAUGCUUAUUGGUUCCGUACAUGAAAAAAGUUGGAAAUAUGGCUAUUGCAGUAGAUUGAGUGCAUGUGCCCUUCGAGGUCCUACAAAUGAUGAUUCUGUUAUUAAAAGAAAGAAAGAAUGGUUUCUCAUUCUGUGUUUAUUCCUUGAGAAACUCAUCAUGGAAUCUAAAAUAAAAACGGUCUUUAAGUUUUCCUGUAAUAGACACAAAUGCAUUCCAUAUCAUUGUUCAUUAAAGUCAUGCUAACUCUAUCAAAGGGAAAUUACUCUGGAAUGCUUUAUGAUUGGGUCAUUUCACUGUAUUGUACCAAGUUCAUUUUAAGGAUAUAUGUGAACAAUGGGAAAACGUUUAUUGCUAUAAUGUAUAUUUGUUAAGAUGUAAUGUGGGAAUAACAUGCAUUUUCCUUUUCCAUGGUACAGUUGAGAAAAUUGUUUAUGUACUGCUUCAAAAAUGAAAUGUGUGAAGUUAAAAAUGUUUGUUCCGUAGGUAACUGCACAAUCUGCUUUUUAGUUUGUGAACAACUGUUGGGAAGGAUUGUAACGUUUUGUGCCAAUAAACAUAUUACAGACUUCAUUUACUGACGUGAUUUCAUAGAAACUUUCCUGUCGGCAACAUAUAACUUGCAAUAUCUUGAGGAUAUACAUCAUUCGAUACAAUUUUUCAGAUUUUUUCCCCUGUAAUUUUAUGUAGCUUUAAUUGGUGGUGCAGUAAAUGUCUCUUCACAAAGUAAUACUGAAUAAAAUUCUUAAGUGUAAAAAAAAUUACCAUAUUGGGUACAUUUGGCAAUUUGAUUCAAUUGAUUCAAAGAUAUAUGUGUAAAUGACAAUUAGAUUUGAAAGAAGAUAUUACAUGGACAUGGGUAAACAUUUGACCACCUUCAUUUCUGCACAUUUAAUUUAUUGUAAUUGAUAUGCAUAUCGCAGAACAAGCUUUUGUUCAUUAUAAAUAUGUAGCCCAAUUUUAGGGCCAUGCUUGCAGUAGGGGAAGGUGUUUUAUAAUUAUUUUGAAAUAUCUUCUAUUGUAGUGUGAAUUCAAUAUUGUAUGUAAAAAGGUACAAAUGAAAUGAUUGGGUGAUAAUAUAAGAUUGAAUAUCGAGAUUUUUUUUGUUUGUUUGUUUGUUUUUAAAAUUCAAGUUCUGGUUAGAAAGUGAUUUGUGGCAACUUAAAGUCACUUGUGUAUGGGUAAAUAGAUUCGAAAAACUGAUUUUCUUUUAUACAUAUAUAAUAUAAAUUGUGUUAUCUUAAAAUGAAUAAUUUAUCUGUAUUUCUGUAAUUUUGUUGAAACUAAUGGGCCAUAUUUACAUGUAUCAGUGCUAAUAUGGAAGACUUACAUAUAAAUGUACACUUUAUUAUUUCACAGUUCUAACAAGAGCAUUUAGUGAUCUCAUUUGUUCCUUAUAAAUCUCCACUCACCCUAUUUCAUUGCAGUGAAUGUGUUACUAGACAUGUAGUAUGUAUUUUUUUCCCAUUACUUUGUUUUCCAGUGUACGAUUUUUUUUUUCAUUUUCGGGGGAAUUUGGGAUAAUGUUUAUCAACACUAGUUUUAUUAUGAUGCAUCUUCAGCAAGAAAAAAAUAAUUUUAAAUAUAUAAAAAAAAAUCCUACAAAUUUUUGAUAUGAUGUAAUUUUUUCUCUGAGUCCUCAGGAAAAUGCUUAAUGAAUGAUUCACUCUGUCUGCCUGUCUGUUGAUCCAUCCAUACUUCAUCUUACCUAAAUUGAGUUCUAUAAACAAAUGAGAAAACUUGUUUCAGUAAUAUGUUGUUUUUUUUACAAACCCAUCUUCUUCUCAUUUUUAGUCUCCGUUUUUUGAUUAAAAAGAGAAGCAAAUUGUUUUAUAUAGAUAUGUUUGUAUUGUAAAUGCCUGACAUUUUGAUUUAUACACAUUUGUGACUGAACUAUUGGUGUUUGAGCAUAUUUAACAAGAAAUGGGAAGGAUAAUAAAAACUGUGAUUUGUAUUGUAUAGCUCUAUAUAUAAUCUGACCAGGAACAAAAUAUUACAUUUAAAAAAAGAGAGUGCAUGUAUGGAAUUGGGAGAUGUUUAGUCAGAGAGUAUAACAUGCCUGACUGCUAUGUGUAACUGUUGUCGACAAAAAAAAAAUCAAUCUUCAUUUUUUUUCUUUUCUUAAAAAAAAAAAUAAAACAAAAACUUAUCUUU